AUGAAUGACGUCAUCAAGAAGGUACACAAGAAAGGAGAAUGGAAGGUGCUGGUCGUAGACAAGCUGAGCAUGAGGAUGAUGUCAUCCUGCUGUAAGAUGACAGAUAUCAUGUCAGAGGGCAUCACCAUUGUUGAAGACAUCGGCAAGAAACGGGAGCCUCUCCCAAGCAUGGAGGCCAUCUACUUAAUAACUCCCAAUGAUGAGACUGUGGAGGCACUCAUAGAUGACUUCAGAGACCCUCGGUCGCCCAGAUACAGAGGAGCUCACGUCUUCUUCACUGACACAAUCCCAGAUUCAUUGUUUAAUUUGUUGACGAAAUCCCGCGCGUCCAAAGCCAUGAAGACCUUGACUGAGAUCCACAUCGCCUUUCUGCCCUAUGAGUCUCAGGUGUUUUCCCUGGACAAGACAGAUGCCUUCCAGGACUUCUACAGCCCCUACAAGGCUGACAUUAAGCACAACAUGUUGGAGCGCUGUGCUGAGCAGAUCGCCACUCUCUGCAAUACCCUGAAGGAAUACCCUGGCGUCAGAUACAGAGGGGAGUAUAAAGACUGUACCACUCUGGCUCAGCUCCUGCAGGACAAGCUG